GACUAGAAACAAUUAUGAGUUUGGAGGCUCUAUGCCCAUAAUUGUUGAUUGGAAUAAAAUAUUAAAACUAGAGGAAACUUUGUGACCGAUGGAGGAAUUUUAUUGGAAAAUAGAAGGAGUAAAAGUCAAGAGUUAACCUGAAGUUAUUCAGAUGUAGAUGUAUGUUACUCAUAGAGACAUAAAUGAUUCCAUCAACUUGUUUAUAAUCAGUUUAUAGUCAGUGGAAAAGUGCGUGAUAUGUUGCACGAAUCACAAAGUGCACAAUUGUCUUACUUAAUGAGCGUACAGUUCAAAAACGAGUAUUCCACUAGAAUUACUCCUCCACUCAGUCAGCAGCUCAUAGAGUCCCCGAUCGGGCGGUUAUUCGCUCCAAUCCGUUGGAUCAACCCGAAAAGCAGUGAUAACACCGAGGUGAACAGAAAAGUGCUUCAAUUAGCUAAUGUCCAUUUGACUCUUCUUUUAUUGAAAGGCGUGGUAAAAAAAACGUUUGUCGCGCGUCGUAAAUGUUAUAAAAUAUUCCAGCAAAACAAAAAGUGAACUAAUAAACGCCGGAGAAGCUGAUGCUUGCAAAAAAAAACAGACUGCGAGUCGCUAAUAAAGUGCUGUUCCUAAUUAACAAAUCAGUUUAACACUUCACGUUGGGGAACAGAGCCGCCGUAAAGCAGAUUUUGUCUGUUCUGAAAAGUUUCAGUGGAAAACUCUAACCCAUCAGAGAGACGUGGAAAAGCGUAAGCGUGCGAGAAAAUCAAUAACGAAGCGGAAGUAGGGUGCAAGAGCAGACGGGCUGAAGGGCAAGAGGCAGAAGAACGCACAUAACCACUGACAAGCUGGUGCGAUAUGGCUGGAAAUCGAGACACCGUCAAACUGGAUCCCAACGGAGGGAAAGAAAUCGUUAGCGCAAUACCCAAGAAAAGACAAGACUUGCUCAAAUGGAACGGCUGGGGCUACAAGGACUCGCGCUUUGAGUACGAAAACGGUACCCUGAUGUUCACUGGUAGUCGUUACCCAAUCGGAGGCUCAAUAUCCCUGCCCUACUUCAAGCAGUACGUCGAAAGGCAUCUGAACGUGGACCUCACGAAGAAAUGCUUAGGCGACCCACUGCCGCAGCACUAUCCUGAACCAGUACCGUGCACUGACUUCAUAGCGAGCCUACGACAGCACAAAAUUGAUUUCAGCCAGAGUGGCGAAGAUCGGUUGAUCCGAUGCCAUGGUCAAGCCCUGCACGAUAUUUAUGCUCUACGAACGGGUCAGUUCAGACGGAUUCCGGACGUGGUUGUUUUCCCUGCCAGCCAUGAUCAGGUGGAACAGAUUGUCAACGCUGCCAAUGAGUUCAAUGUGGUGGUGAUACCUUACGGAGGAGGUACAUCGGUAUCGGGGGCAUCCACGUGUCCGGAGAAUGAGCACAGACCGAUCGCCGCAUUGGAUACGAGCCAAAUGAAUAAGAUGCUGUGGAUUGAUAGAGAAAACUUGGUUGCCUGUUUCGAGGCAGGCAUCGUCGGGCAGGAUUUGGAGCGGGAGGUGAGGAAGCUGGGCUUCACAACGGGCCACGAACCUGAUAGUUACGAAUUUUCCACCCUGGGAGGAUGGGUGGCUACGAGGGCGUCCGGUAUGAAGAAAAAUACCUACGGCAAUAUCGAGGAUCUCGUGGUGAAGGUGAAAAUGGUCACCGCCAAAGGGGUAUUGGAGAAGAGCGUGAUAGUGCCAAGAAUUUCGUGCGGUCCGGAUUUCAAUCAUAUUAUACUGGGUUCGGAAGGAACGCUGGGAGUGGUGACGGAGGUAGUGAUAAAACUCCGUCCCCUGCCGGAGGUGAAAAAGUAUGGAUCACUCGUUUUUCCGGACUUUGGAUCCGGGGUGAGAUGUCUGAGAGAAGUGGCUAGACAUCGCUUACAGCCCGCCAGUAUCCGGUUAAUCGAUAACGAGCAAUUUUUGUUCGGUCAGGCGCUUAAAAUUCCCGGCGGUGCCCUGUCUAAUCUGGGAUCCGCACUGCAAAGAUUUUACAUCACCACUGUCAAGGGCAUGAGUUUGGAGAAGAUUGCGAUAGCCACUCUGGUGUUCGAGGGCAACGAAAAGGAUGUGAAACUGCACGAACAAAAAAUUAUGGCCAUAGCGGGCAAACAUGGUGGCUUCUCGGCGGGUAGCACCAACGGCGAGAAGGGCUACAUUCUAACCUUCGUGAUCGCAUACAUCAGGGACUUGGCUCUCGAGUACAGCGUGGUGGCGGAAUCCUUUGAGACUUCUGUGCCGUGGGUUCGAUGCGACGCGUUAUGUUCGAAUGUGAAAAAUCGAAUCAGACAGGAAUGUGCCAAACACAGCAUCCAACACUACCUCAUCUCGUGCCGGGUAACGCAAUCGUACGAUGCGGGAGCGUGUGUAUAUUUCUACUUCGGCUUCAACCACACCGGCUUCUCCGAUCCGGUGCACAUCUACGAAACCAUAGAAAGUCACGCCCGGGAAGAGAUAUUGUCGUCGGGAGGAUCCAUUUCGCACCAUCAUGGUGUGGGGAAAAUUCGAGCCCGCUGGUAUCCUGGGAGUGUGUCGGAUGUGGGGGUAAGCUUGUAUCGGGCCACCAAGCAGGAGCUAGAUCCAAACAACAUAUUCGCCGUGGGAAAUUUCCUGCCUACGGUGGAGUCUUCUCGGACAGUUGACGAAGAAAAAUUGCUCAUUUCCAAACUGUAGAUAUUCUGCAAAUUAGUAGUCCAGGUUCUCCUUUGUUACGUUACCAACUAAUCUUAAUUUCCAGUUCAUUUAGACGUAAAUAACGUAUACAUUCCGUAUGCUUAGCAAAAUCUUAAGUAGUAAAUUUGUUUUGACAAUAGAUUAAGUAUUAUUAAUAAACCGUAUCGCUUAUUAAACGGGGUUCGUUAUUAGAGUUUGUACGAAAGUGCUUUCUUAGAAAUGUAAGCAAACGGACAACUAUUUUUUGAAUUUAAUUACCAAUUUAUUUUGAACUACGAAAUACACAAUCAGCGAUGACAUUCGGGAUUCGGAGACAACAACAUUUCACUUCGAGCGAGUGCCAUCAGUUGUUUCAUAGCGAAAACAAUUUCACUUGCAUGAAAAAAAUUUCCCCCAUUUCCAUGAUUUACACCCUGAUUCACUCCGUGACGAAUAUAUUCUGUCACAAGCCAAAUUGUCAAUAUUUUUGAAGAAAACUUCAAUUUACUGAACUUUAUUCUGUACUAUGUGUCCAUACAUUACCAGAUGUAUAACUAUGAAAGUUCUAGAAUAACCGUCGGAAGAAUUUUUUUGACGAAAGAUCUCCCGACCAGAACGGGAAUAGAACCCGAAUCUCCGGCAUGACAAUGUGUGACGCUGACUCGGCCACGGGAUCCCUGAAGUCAAUUAUUGUAAUAUCAUUUAGAUGCGAAUGAACUGAAAAGUUUAAACCCUCUUAAAGCCAAAAAAAAGAAGAAGAAGUAAUAUCAUUCAUGCCAAAUGACUCAACUAUUUUUUACCAUUUUCGGUGCAGGUAGAGUCAAUUAACUCGUUUCGAACACAACCUCUUCUGUAACUUUUAGGCUUCAAUGAACCCACGAAUGAACAACGCAUCAAGAGAUGACUCGUUGUCGUUACGAAGAAUCUACAAUAUGUUCUCCCAUUAGUCAGCCCUUUUUGAGGAUAGCAUCGCAUGCCUGUUUUUUAGAAUGAACACUUUUUUUAAUGGUUCAACAAUGGUGAAGUUGGCAGUGACGGUCAAGAAUGAAAUGAACACGAACCAUUGUAGUGCAAAUAGCAAGGAAGACGCUCGAAUGACAUUUGAUUUAUGUUGACAGAGAAACUGGUGAAAGGACCAAAAACUCACUUCCAAUUGAAUGCGAAGACCGAUGGCUCCAUAGUCCCCUGACUAUCCUCAGUUAAAUAUGACUUUGCCGAACCCUGGUCAACAUUAUGAAGACAUGUGUGUGAGACAGAAGUAAUAGAACAGAAGGUGUUGAUAUGGCAAGCAAUUUACCCGUGUACACACUGUCCAACUUCUAUAAAACCAGGUAAUGAUCUUGCUGUUUUGUGUCAUUGUAAACAAACAACGUUUCAAUUUAAAUUGUACUGUAUUGGUAUUAGUAACUACCAUACACUGCAUGAUUUCCAUAUGUGUGUAUGCAAGUGCUGAGAGUAAACAAAUGUUUUUGUGUCAUGUUUGUAUAAGAGCAGUUACAUUUUCCGUUGUUAUAGUUGUUUUCAUCAAUAAAACUGGAGAAUUUCUCCGAAUCUGGCCGAAGGGAAAAGUGCUCAAAUGUUUCUCGGGAGGCAAUUCGUCAUGUUUCAGUAAAAAGUCGUUACAAUCAACGGUGAAGAUUUCAAGAAUGAGUGUAAAAACAACUUCUACACAACUACCGAAGGCACUCACUACGCUGCUGCUACUUUGAACCUGCUCAGACUGUUCCGAGCUGUGAAAAAAGACGCUUGGUAAUAAUCAAAAGGCAUCUCUAGGAGGAUAAAAGAGAAGUUACUGCCAUUGACAAUUUCGUCUAAAUAAACAAGAAUUUUCAUGUGCACAAGUUAAACAUACAAAAUACAUUAUAAAACAAAUCGUCCUCAAAAAGAUCUAAUAACCAUUUUGAAAUCUACAGGUUUUUUACGUAGUCUGGAAAUAUUUGAAACGUUUGUUAAACAUUACAAAUUGUUCCUAACGGACCACGAUGGUUCUUAUGCUAAUAAAACAGUUGUUUGAUGGCGAAACACAGUAAUUCUUCUUCUUCUUCUUAAAAUGCACUAACGUUUCUAAAGGAACUUCGCCAUCUCAACGUAGUAUUACUUGCGUCAUUUUCAUUAGUUAGUUGAGAUUUGUAUGCCAAAUAACACACCUGAAUGCAUUCUGAGUGGCAAGCUCUAGAAUACGCGUGAGCUCAGUGCAAGACAAAGAAAAUUUCAUUGACGAAAAAUUCCUCCGAUCUGAACGAGAAUCGAACCCGAACCCCCGGCAUGUUAGGUUUGACGCUAACCCCUUGGCCACGGUAGCACCAACACAGUAACUUAAUAAUAGUUAAAUUGCUGAGAUUAUGUUGAGAUACCGAAAUCAGGCAUUAAUGUAACGAUAAGUUUGAUUCAGUGACUUCAAUUCAUACGGCACCCAAUGUCCUAUCUUUCGGAUCAUUCCCAUUGCUUUUAAACGAUCAAAUAUAGUUUGCUGAGCUACUUCAAGUGUAGUUCCAAGAUCCAAGUUCUUGUUGCUUUGGUGACGGAUCUUGAUCGAGUAAAGCCUCCAAUUCUUCAUCUUCAGACUUUGUUGGCGGUCAAAAUUACCACUUUCAAAACCAUGCAAAGCACGUCUGACACGUUCGCUCAGUUGGAGCAUGGUCACCAUAAACUUCCACCAAAAUGCGAUGACUUUCCGCAGUUUUUUUCUUCAUAUUGAAGUAAUGAAGUAACACUCCCCCCAAAAACACUCUCGUUGGUACGAAAUUCGACAUAUUGGAAGUGGCAAAAGCUAUGUUGUUUACGCUUCAACUUUUUGACAUAUUCCGAAAAAGACGCGCAAUGACAGUAGCUUUCUAGCGAAUGUCUGGAAAUUUGAUUCACUGGAAUAAUGAUCAAGUUACGCCAUCUGUUGUAAAACCGAAGAAACUUAACGGUAAACCUAAUAUUUUCACUAUAACUAACAAACACAACGCUCAUAAAUCUAAAAUUGCGGAAAUUUUAAAUUAUUAAUAUAUUUAUAAUAAUUUAUAAUGUAUAAUGUUCUCGGGAGCUAUUCAUGUUCAUGGUUCACAGCAAUCACCAAAAUUUCGUAGCCGUCAUUGAUCCUUCCUAAUUUUCGAAAACUACUGAGUGUGUGGCUCAACAUCCAAAUCCUCCACGUUGUUGUCUUCACUGGUCAUAACUACGAAUAAUCCUUUUUUUUUCCUACAAAGCAGUUAACGUAUUUCUACAGAAAUAUAUUCAUGUCUGAAUAUUUUCCAUCGUUAAUUAUUUCCAGCUAAUAUUUUCUGUAAAUACUAGACCCCGACCCCUUGUCGUUUCGUGGAACCUAUGUUUAGUAAGCUCCAAUGUAAAGCGUCUAACAGUUUUGUUUGGAAGCCGUUCACGAUUUGUCGUGGGAAUGCACCAAAUGCUUUAGUCGAAUAGCCCGAACGAUAUCGAUGCACCAUUCGCGAUUAUUCAACAUCAAACAGAGUGAUUGAAGAGACGAUGAAAACCAUAAUCAAGUUUCUUCAAAUGUGUGGUUUGUGGAGUGGAUCCAAUCAGAGUUACAGCUCACGAAAAGUCAUACUUUGCGUCACCCUUAUCGUCCUGUUCUUAUUGGUUCCAUGCUUGGGUUUUGUCUGUCGACAAAGUCACAACUUCCGCAUGGUCAUAAAAUCCUCCCUGGAACUGUUAAUCAUCCUUAGGUGUGUUAUCCUGUUCUCACUUACAAUCUACCAUCGCCAUACUAUUGAAGGAAUUUACACCGACAUACGAGAGGCUCU